GGGAAAGGCCUGCUAAUGCAGUGAAGAUGGAGAUGCAUCAGCUGGACAGGAGGAAGCCGGUCAGGCGGAGAGCACAGACGGCUCUCACGCUCAUCAGCCUCGCAGCGGCGUCACUGUCGUGCGCCCAGGCCUUCCUGGUGCAGCCGCACAGACACACGAGGACGCUCAGGUGGGUGCGUCAGGAGAUGACAGAUGCUUGUGCUUGGUUCAAACACGCUGCUGGUGUGUGUGACUGUGAUGUGUGCAGGAUGGGCGUGGCUGCUCCCCCCCCGGCCGUGAGGCAGAAGCCGGUCAAGAAAGACUGGCUGGGGAGGGUGAAGGAGCCGCCUGAAAGUACGCCUGUGCAGAGACGGACACACAGAUUGACACGUGUGCAAUGCAUAUGAUGCUCUCCUCUGUCUGUGACUGUCUGUCUGUCUGUCCGUGUGUGUGUGUGUGUGUGUCUGUGUGUCUUGCGCAGGCAAAGUGAGCGAGCCGAAGCCCACGCUGAGAGAGUGGAUGGACGCAAGCAUCAGGGAAUGGAUGAACGUAAGCAGCCGAGUUAUGAUGCGAGCGCGCUGGUGAUGUGCAUCAUCCUGUCUGUCCUUCACGUGUGCGUGCUGCAGGUGAGGGAUGCGCGCAUCGGCGUGUUGAUUCUCAACCUGGGCGGCCCGCUGAUGGAGAACGACGUCGAGAGCUUCUUGUUCAACCUCUUUAUGGACGGUGAGUGGGCAAAACAGACCAGGCAGAACAUAUCGUCCUUCGUGUGCACACACAUGGAUGGAUGGGAUGGAUGCAGGUGAGAUCUUUCGUUUGCCCGCGGCACUGCGGUGGCUCCAAGAGCCGCUCGCGUACCUCAUCUCAAAGGCCAGAAGUGAGUGAUCCGAAGCCAUCAGCCAACAGGGGUGGGUCGAGAUGCGCGCGCGCGCGCGCGUGUUCAGGUCCCAAGACGAGCGAGGCGUAUCGGUCGAUCGGCGGCGGAUCGCCCAUACUGGGAUACACACAAGCACAGGUACGCUAUUGUCUGCACGCUGCUUGCUCCAUCUCGUCUGCACAUACUCGUUCGUGUGAUGACGUACGUGUCUGUGGCUGGCGUGUUGAUGUGUGGUUGGUGGAAGGGUGAGGCGUUGACGCGUCAGCUGCGUCGGAUGGGUUACGACGCACAGACGUACAUCGCCAUGCGGUACAGCGCCCCAUACACACGGACGGCAGUCACCGAAAUGCUCAGCGACAAUGUCGAUGUAAGUGUCACUGGCUCCACACACUUGUCCACACGUCGAUGUGUGUGUGUGUGUGUGGUGGAUGGUUUGGCGCAGGGUGUGGUGAUACUGCCGCUUUACCCCCACUUCAGUGUGUCGACCAGCGGCAGCUCCAUCAAGUACGGUGGGGUGGACACACAGAUUGACGCCUCUGAUAUGCAGACGUAUGAUGCACUCACCUGUCUGUCUGUCUGUGUGUGUGUGUGUGUGGGUGCAGUAUCCUGAAGAAGUACUCCCGGAUGUUCAUCGACAUGCCCCACACGGUCGUGACGGAGUGGUACGACCGACCCGGAUACACCAAGGCCGUCGCCAACCUCAUUCAAAGAGUAGGGAUAGAUAGAGGGAUGGAGGGAUGGAGGGAGGCACACACGAGCGAAGGCAUUGCGUGGCGUGUUGUGUUGUGUUGUGUUGUUUGGUGUUGUGUGCAGGAGAUCGACUCGUUCACCGCGGACGAGAGAAGGGAGGGCAUACACGUGCUCUUCAGUGCACAUGGGGUGCCAAAGGUCAGUCUGACGCGCGCGCGCGCGCACACACACACGCGCGCGCGCGCGCGCACAGAGGACUGCAUAACCAUGUGUGUGUGUGUGUCGUCAGAGUUACAUCCAGAACGGCGAUCCCUACCAGGACCACAUCGUCAAGACCAUCGACACGGUCAAACGGCAGUACUCUGCUGGUCGGUACUCACGCAAUGCAAUCCACUGACUGCACUCACUGGGAGACGCAUGACGUGUGGCAUGGAAGCCCAUGUGUGUGUGUGUGUGUGUGUGUGCAGAUGUGUCGACGCAUCUGUCGUACCAGAGCAAAGUGGGGCCGGUCGAGUGGCUGCAGCCGUACACCGAUGACAUGAUCGAGUCCCUUGCUAAGCAAGUACGAUGCAUCCAUCACACAGACACACACAGAGACUCCCAUUUGUGUUGAUGUGGUUCCCAUGUCAUGUGUGCAGGGGGUUAAGAACCUGGUGGUCGUGCCGAUCUCGUUUGUCAGCGAGCACAUUGAGACACUCGUGAGCACAGACACACACACACACACAUGGAUAUUGUGCCGACCUGUGUGUGCGUGUGUCGGCUGACAGGAGGAGAUUGACAUCGAGUACCGCCAUCUUGCCCACGAGAAGGGCAUCAGGUACCAAUGCUUUCGAAUCCAGCGAGAACACGUGUUUAUGUCUGUGUGUCUGUGCGCAGGAAUUGGCGGCGCGUGCCGGCGCUCAACGUGGAUCCCCUCUUCAUUAAGGACCUUGCAGAGCUCGUUGCCGUAAGUCCACACACUCGGCAAGUGUGUGUGUGACCCACAUCAAGUGUCUGCGUGUGGUGUGGGGUACGAUGUAUGUGUUGUGUGUGCAGGAGUCUCUCGAUCAGCCGGUGCUGUCCCUCAACGAGGUGUGCUUCAAGAAAUACAAGACGUCCUUCGAGCAGUACGACGAGUGAUUAUAUGUGUGUGUGGCUCGGUCGUAUGUGUGUGUGAGUCCGUGUGUACAAAUGGACGUCGGUGUACUGUGCGGUUGCCACGUACGGCGCGCGGAAGCCCCGCUUUUUUGUGAGGCAUUCAUUGCAUUCAUAGAUUGAUUGGUGCGGCGAGAGAGAGAUGCGUUUCAAUGUGGCCGGCGGUCGGUCGGUCCCCUGUAUAUAUACAGUAUAUGUGGCCUGUGUGUAAGGCAGUCAGUGACAUCCGCUUUGUGUGCGUGUGUCUGUGACCUAUUUAGUAGCCAAUCCUGAUCGCAGAUAUGGACCAGUCAGACAGCAGAGAGGGCCCCCUCCU